AUGGAGUUGUGCAUAGGAGGUGAGCUCUUGGAUAGAAUACUUGCAAGAGGUGGAAAAUAUCCAGAAGAUGAUGCAAAGGCAGUCAUGGUGCAGAUAUUGAAUGUUGUAUCUUUCUGUCAUCUACAAGGUGUGGUGCACCGUGAUCUUAAACCAGGGUGCAAUAACUUUCUAUAUACUUCAAAGGACGAGACAUCUGAGCUGAAAGUUAUCGAUUUUGGCUUAUCAGAUUACGUCAGACCAGAUGAAAGACUCAAUGAUAUUGUAGGAAGUGCCUACUAUGUUGCACCAGAGGUUCUACAUAGGUCUUAUAGCACUGAGGCUGAUGUGUGGAGUAUAGGAGUAAUAGCUUAUAUUUUACUGUGUGGAAGUCGUCCAUUUUGGGCCCGAACGGAGUCUGGAAUAUUCCGAUCUGUCCUGAAAGCUGAACCGAAGAAUUUUGAUGAAGCAUCUUGGGCCACCAUAUCUCCAGAAGCAAAAGACUUUGUCAAGCGCCUUUUGAACAAAGAUCCUAGGAGGCGAAUGACUGCCGCUCAAGCAUUAAGUCAUCCUUGGCUCAGAAAUUAUAAUGAUGUGAAAUUACUCCUUGAUAUCCCAGUACUGAAGCUAAUGAGGGCUUAUGUUCGAUCAUCUUCUUUGCGUAAGGCUGCUUUAAGGGCAUUGGCCAAGACAUUGACUGCAGAUGAAGUCUUUUAUCUGAAGGAGCAAUUCACAAUAUUGCAGCCAAACAAAAAUGGCAGCAUAACAUUGGAGCACAUUAGGAUGGCGUUGAUGAAAAAUGCAACUGAUGCAAUGAGAGAUUCUCGAGUGCCUGAUAUUCUAGCGUCGCUAAAUACACUUCAACACAGGAAGAUGGAGUUUGAAGAGUUUUGUGCAGCUGCACUAAGUGUUCACCAAUUGGAGGCACUUGAUAGAUGGGAACAGCAUGCUCGAUCUGCAUACGAAAUUUUUGACCAAGAUGGAAAUAGGGCUAUUGUUAUUCAGGAACUUGCCUCGGAGCUUGCCCUUGGACCAUCCAUCCCAGUUCAUGCAGUUCUAAAUGAUUGGAUACGACAUGGUGAUGGUAAACUUAGCUUCCGUGGGUUCAUCAAGCUGUUGCAUGGUAUGUCUAGCCGGGGCAUGACGAAGGCUCCAUGA